UGCUAUGAUUUCUCUCCGGCCUGGCCCAAACAGCACGAGUCAGAACUCAGAACCCCCUCGAAACCCCAGGCUGCCGAUUGUUUGCUUCGCCGGAGAUGAGCCGUGAACAGAGCGCAAUGGCAGCGGCGGAGGAGGGAGCGGCUGCCGCGCCCCCCGAUGGCGGCGCAGAGAGCGAGGCUGCGGCGGAGAUGGAUGCAGCGGCGGUUAUGGAGGGGGAGGAGAAAGAGGAGGCGGCGGAGUACUCGUGGCCCCAGCUCCGCUUCGACCGCCCCCCUCGCCGGCUCUACCAGUUCGCCCGUCAGUUCCGCUCCGCCACUCCCGCUGGCGGCAGGGGAAGCGGCGACAACUUCCUAAAAGGCGUCAAGUGGUCGCCCGACGGAUCCUCUUUCCUCACCAGCUCCGACGACAACUCGCUCCGCUUGUUCUACCUGCCGGAGGACGCGUACAGUGGAGCGGAGCACGUUGCCGAUGCUGCUGUCGGAGGUGAAGAUUCUUAUGGCGCAUUCCUCCAGGUGAACGAGGGUGAACCGGUGUACGACUUCUGCUGGUAUCCGUGUAUGUCCUUGUCUGACCCAGCCACCUGUGUAUUUGCAAGCACCAGUCGUGAUCACCCGAUACACCUUUGGGAUGCCACCAGUGGGGAACUCCGGUGCACUUACAGAGCAUAUGAUUCCAUGGAUGAAAUAACUGCUGCACUUUCAAUCUCUUUCAAUUCUGCAGGAUCUAAGCUAUUUGCUGGAUACAACAAAGCAAUAAGAGUGUUUGAUGUUCAUCGGCCUGGUAGAGAUUUUGAUCAGUAUUCUCUACUUAAGGGAGAUGAAGGGCCAAGGGGUAUAGUAUCUUCAAUUUCCUUCUCUCCGCACAAUGGGAUGCUUGCUGUUGGCUCAUACAGCCAGACAACUGCUGUGUAUGCAGAGAGUAAUAUGGAGCCUUUGUAUGUCUUACAUGGCCAGCUUGGUGGUGUUACACAGGUGCUUUUCUCGAAAGAUGGGAACUAUUUGUAUACUGGAGGGCGCAAGGAUCCGUACAUAUUAUGUUGGGAUAUUCGCAAUACUGUGGACAUUGUAUACAAGUUGUAUAGAGCAGCUGAUAGUACUAAUCAAAGAAUAUAUUUUGACAUUGAGCCCUGCGGUAGACAUCUAGCCACUGGUGGGCAGGAUGGCAUGGUCCAUGUCUAUGACCUUCAAGGUGGUCAAUGGGUAACAGGCUUCCAAGCAGCAGCUGAUACUGUAAACGGGUUCUCCUUCCAUCCUUACCUUCCAUUUGCCGCAACAUCAUCUGGGCAUAGAAGGUUCGGUAUGCAAGAUGAGUUCGAAGAGUUAAAUUUGGCAGGCAACGAGAACUGCUGCUCUGUCUGGAUGUUUCCUUCCUUGCAAGAAGCUUGAGACCACAACAAACCGUGAGCGUUAAGGGAGAGAAGAUUCUAGAUUUUAUAUGAAGAAUGCCGUGUCAAACUGAGGUUGGAUUCACAAAAUUUGUUGCCCUUUAGCAGUACAGCAAACGGCUGCUCUUUUUGGUGCUCAGUCAGAUGCAAUCCGAUGGGACAUUGACAACUUCCCACCGUGUAAUGUUGGACAAUCCGCGUAGGCUAAUGUAAUCCGCGUAGGCUAAUGUAUCCACUGACGGCUAUGUUAUCCAUUAUGGCUUAUUUUGGGACGGGGAACUUUAUCAUGAGUCUGUACCAAUGUCAGACUCAUCUAUGAUCUGAUGUAUAAAUUUGGACUUCCUACUAUGAAUUAUUCCAAUGAUUUGGUCAAA